UUACAAGACCGCAUGCUGACACACUCUCUGCCCCCCACAACACACUGUCUCUCCACCCACAUACACACAACACACUCCGUGUCCCACUCCACCCCUCUGCCCCCAUUUGAAAAGCACGCUGCAGCCACUUGCACACUGGGAUAGCUACCACAAUGCACUGCUCUCUGUGGCAUUGCAAGAGCUGCUAAUGUGACCAUGCUAAUGUGACUUGCAGCUGACCAUGUAAACACACAGUAGUGCUUUCCCUGCUGCUGUCUCCGCGGGCUGGUUUAACUCCCGGCGCUCUACAUCUGCAUGUGUAGCCAUGUCCUAAGUAACAUUUGAUUGCUUUUAGCAUUAACUGAGGAGCUGAGCACUGUGGAAUGGUGUUUUUGGGGCUAGGGAAAGUAGCUCAGAGUGAUGGGAUCGUAUCAUUAUGCAUGUCUGGGAUGACGACCAGUGGCUUCAAAACUUUCGGAUGCGGAAAACCACCUUCAUGGAACGGUGUGCUGAGCUUUCCCCAGACCUGCGUCACAAGGACACCAGACUGAGCUGCAGUCACUGUCAAGAAGUGUGUGGCAAUCACAUUGUGGAAGCUGGUGACUCCAGACAGCUACCGGUCAGUUGUGAACUAGUUUGGAGUGGGGAAAUCGACCAUUGGUGCUGUGGUAACUCAAGUAUGCAAGGCCAUUAAUUGCAUCCUAUUGUGCAAGACCGUGACUCUUGGUAUUGUGCGUGACAUUUUGGAUGGCUUGGCAGAAAUGGGCUUCCCUAACUGGUGGGACCCACCUUGGCACCGAGUACAUAAAUUGUAAGGGGUACUUCUCCAUGGGUUUUGCAGGUGCUAGUGGAUCAUCGUGGGCAUUUCACUGAUAUUAACGGUGGAUGGUCCGGGAAGGGGUACGAUGCACGUAUCUUUAAAAACACUGGCCUUUACAGAAAGCUGCAAGCAGGGACUUUCUUUCCAGGUCAGCGGAUCACCAUCGGGGAAGUGGAAAUGCCCAUUGUGAUCCUGGGAGACCUAGCUUACCCAUUGAUGCCAUGACUCAUGAAGCUAUACACUGGAAACCUAGAUGUCAGUAAGGAACAUUUCAACAACAGGUGCAAGUAGGUGCAGAAUGGCUGUGGAAUGUGCUGUUAGAGGUCUUAUUUCUUCACCCACUCACUUCCCUGGUCCUUCUCGCAUGAACAAAGAGCAACAAUACCCGAAGUCCACAGGGGAGGGGCGGAUGUCCGUUUACCUGGCGUCAGAACAGCGGAGGUGCUGGCCAGAGUGGUCACUUUUGGCACUGUGGGAUAUCCUCCUGAGGCCAAAAGGUGUUUACGCUGGAAGAAUGUAUCUUCACUUUCACAUCACCGCAACAAGAAUAGCGGAAGACCACAGUCAGCCAUUGUUUGGAGUCCAGUUUAACUGGCACAGUAAGGAAGGAGAUCCAUUAGUGUUUGCCACUGUAGGCAGCAACAGAGUUACUUUAUAUGAAUGUCAUUCCCAAGGAGAAAUCCGUUUAUUGCAGUCUUACGUGGAUGCUGACGCAGAUGAGAACUUUUAUACUUGUGCAUGGACCUAUGAUAGCAAUACAAGUCACCCUCUUCUGGCUGUGGCUGGGUCAAGGGGUAUUAUUAGAAUAAUUAAUCCCAUUACAAUGCAGUGCAUAAAGCACUACGUGGGUCAUGGAAAUGCAAUCAAUGAACUGAAAUUUCAUCCAAGGGAUCCAAAUCUCCUCUUGUCUGUAAGCAAAGAUCAUGCACUGAGACUGUGGAACAUCCAAACAGAUACGUUGGUUGCAAUAUUUGGAGGAGUAGAAGGGCACAGGGAUGAGGUCUUAAGUGCAGAUUAUGACCUUCUUGGUGAGAAAAUAAUGUCCUGUGGUAUGGAUCACUCUCUGAAACUCUGGAGAAUCAAUUCAAAGAGAAUGAUGAAUGCCAUUAAGGAGUCUUAUGAGUACAAUCCAAAUAAAACCAACAGGCCUUUUAUUUCUCAGAAAAUUCACUUUCCUGACUUUUCCACCAGAGAUAUACAUAGGAACUAUGUUGACUGUGUACGAUGGUUAGGAGAUCUAAUACUUUCCAAGUCUUGUGAAAAUGCUAUUGUGUGCUGGAAACCUGGCAAAAUGGAGGAUGAUAUAGAUAAAAUCAAGCCCAGUGAGUCAAAUGUGACUAUACUGGGGCGAUUUGAUUACAGUCAGUGCGAUAUCUGGUAUAUGAGGUUUUCAAUGGACUUCUGGCAAAAGAUGCUUGCAUUGGGCAAUCAAGUUGGCAAACUUUAUGUUUGGGAUUUGGAAAUAGAAGAUCCUCAUAAGGCUAAUAGCGCCCAGAGGCCCCAGUCGGGUUGGGGCCGCAUUGUGCUGGGCACUGUACGUAGAUACAGUAAAAGAAAGUCCGUGCCUCGAAGAGCUUACAGAGUAAUUAGGAGGAAAGUUUACAAAGUAAUUGAGAGGAGACUUACCAGAUGUACGACACUUACCCAUCCUAAAUGUGCUGCUGCCAUUCGACAAACCAGUUUUAGCAGGGAUAGCAGUAUCCUUAUAGCUGUUUGUGAUGAUGCCAGUAUCUGGCGCUGGGACCGACAACGAUAAAUUACUUUUUUUUAAUUAAAAGUAGAAAAUACAUUGUUGGUUUACAGUGUAACCUGUUAACUAGCUUCUACUGUAGUUGCAUUUAGAAUAGUUUUUCCCACUGUUCAGUUGGCCGGAGCUGAACUUAGUGAUGUUUACAUUCUUUGUACUGUUGUCCUGCUCAGACCCUGGUGCUUUCAUUAAUAAAAAAUAUUUUUGUAAAGCUUUA